GCAUGCGGCUUUUUAAUUUUUUGUUUGGAACAACAAAUGCAAAAUGUUUAAUAAACUUAAACCUGGAGAGAGCGAAGAAGAUGUCCUUCGUAUGGCAGCAGAAUUCAAUGCGGAGCGUAAGAAAAAUCCAAAUUUUCAACCAGCUGCAACUGUUGUACGAGUGGAAAAGCCUAUCGGGAAAUCAUUGUUUGCUCAAAAACGAGAACUAGCUAAGCUUAACAGCCAAGGAAGUGCCAUAAAUUCUCCAGAAAUUACGCCGAAGUCUACUCAUAUUGCUGAAGAUGCAAAAAAUAAACAAAUGCUGCUCGACGAAAUCCACGAAAAUAUGUUGGGAGAUGUUCGUGGGACAAAGGUAGACUUUGGGCUGAUAAAUAAUGUUGUGGGUGAAAUUGUAGAAAGACGUGAAGGAGCGCCGCGGCAAGUCGUAAGAGAACAUCGGCUAAAUCAGCAAAACAACAACAAGUCAAAGAGUAUUUUUGCACAAAAAUUCAAUAAAAAUGAAAAGCUAAACGCCAACAGCAGUCAUUCAGACCCACAACAUAAUGAAGUACAGAUGGAAACUAGUUCUAUAAUCCAAGAUACCGAACUGUCAAAGGAAAUUCAUGAAGAAAAUCAGAAUAUUCUAUCUCAAAUGCGCGAAGAGGAAAUCCUGGCGGAGCGACAAAAGUUGCUGAGCUCUUUGGAUCCCGCUUUAAUUGAAUUGCUGAAGAAAAAGCGUGCUAUACAAGCGGCUAAAGCAACUACGGCAAAGCCACUACCUAACAUUCAUCAGGAUUCCCCAGUAAUCGCUGCCUUAAGCGAUUCGAAUCCAGCCCACGAAUUACUGCAGCAAAGUGAUGAAGGCAAUUGGUUGAAUUUCAAUCUAGUUGAGGAACACAAACUGGCGUGGAUGCGUGAUAUUCCCGCGAAAAUAGCACAGCUUAAGCCUGGUCAACAAUUCAAUGCACGCUUCGAUUGGAAGGGCGUUCUGUUGCCCCAUUCACUUGAUGAAUUGCCACAGAAUACUGAUGAUCGGGAUUUGUAUUUGCAUGGUGAGGAGCCUGAGCGACCAGGCUAUACAUUGCAGGAACUCUUUCGUCUGGCACGCUCGACAGUGUUGCAGCAACGCAUUUCGGCUUUUGGCGCAAUUGCUGGUAUAUUCAGCAUUUACAAUCAGGGCUUUUAUGAUCAGGUGCUGACAUUGCCCAUUUCCAAAAUAUUCUUUCUGCUACGCUUUGGCCUAGAUGACAAUACGCCAGCACAAUUGGAAGUGGUCAGUAGGGCCUUGGCUCGGCUGUGCUACAAUGAAACGGAUGAAGUUUUGCUCGAUCAUAUCUAUGAGAACGCUUAUUGCCAUUGGCAGCCAACGCUGCAAGUGCUGACAGAUGGCGACGACUCGCGCGAUCCCAACUCUGUGGCCUUUCUGCAACGCUACAUGGCGCUGUUGCGCUCCAACUCGAAGGCAGUAAGCGCAGAUGUUGAUGACGAUCAGUCAGAUCGAGAUAGCCGUAUGUCCAUGGAUGACUUCCAGCUGGCAGAAACUGAUCUAAUCAGCUGCUUGCUACGAACGAAUAUUUUAAAGCGCAUUCGAUUUAUAUUCAACUCAGUACGUCCAGAGAACAGCACUGUCGAGUCUUGCCUGAAGAUACUCAUACGUAUUGCUCGAACAAACUUACCUACGGCCAGGCAAGUGGCACAGGAAAAAGACAUGCUGAAUGUAAUUUUGGACAACUUCUUGCCUAAUGCAUCUGCUACGGGCACAACAGAGUCUUCAUUCUACGGUUAUCCUCAAUAUCUUUGCCUAAAGCUGUUGCGCGUUCUGAUCUGCCAGCAUUUGGAUAUAGCUAAGCAAUUGGCAAAUGAAACAUUAAUCCAAAGAUUAAAAGAGUUUUUAUUCAAUCGCGAUAACGUAAGGGGCAAAUUAAUACGUGUUCAAAUCGAGGCGCUCCGCAUAUUGCGUUGUCUGCUGCUACUGGGAAUCAUAGAUCGGGAAUCAUUCAAACAAUUCCUGCCUGCGCUCCGUCAGAUACUUGACUGGCACUUUAAUCAUUGUGUAUUCGAGGUGGGCGGUUCGGCGCUAAUACGACAGCACGCAGCUGCCGUUGUGGUGGCGAUUGUGGCGAGCGGUGAGUGCGGUGCAUGCGACAUUGAGGCACAGCAACUGUUCUUGGAGCCAUUGCACAACUGCUGCUGCAGCUGGCUGCACAAGGCGACGCGUAGCGAAGGUCUAAAGGAUUACACACAGCUGACGCUCUUGAGUGCUUUGCUGUAUGCUGUUGGCUGGUUCUCUCGUCAUAGUUACCUGGGCACCGCGUCCUUUCCACAGUUUCUGCGCAAAAUUCUGCCAGAAUUUGUUUGCUCAGCUGGAUUUGUUGCAUGUGUGCAGCAGUUGACACGUAGCUCUAUAAUUUUACGCAGCUUCAGUGAUCGGCGCAAUGUACACGCCCCAUUGCCGAAUGUGGGGGCGGUGUUAAUGAACGACUACGGGCCGCAGUUGAUUGUGAGCGACACGUAUCCAGUGCAGCUGCUGAGUAAUAUUUGGGCUCUGCUUGAGCCACCACUGGAGGAUGGCAUGAAGCCACUAUUCGAAGCGCUACUCCAACCUGCUGUGCUGGAGCCUUUGGCAGAGUAUUUAAAGCAAUUGAGCACACGUCUGAAUCGCUUUCUGGCCAGCAACUUUUUUGCUCGCAGCGAACUGAAGUUUGUCUAUCAGCUACUGAGCACCGAUGGCUUUGAAACGUAUUUGUCACGCACGCAACUGCUUCAGGUCGUUUAUAACUAUCUGUGCUCCUUGAGCGCUGCACAGGCCAAGCCAAUGAAGAGCAUAUUCGAACGGUACAUCUUUAGUGGGAAGUAUGUGGAGUUAGAUGAAAAGUCUUUGCAACUGCUACAACAAACUUGCAAGGAAGUCGUCUACUCGCAUUUUAUAGCCGAAAACAGAGAUCCCACGCUGACACUCUGCUAUACUCAGGCGCCUGUGUUGAUGCCUGAUUGGCCUUAUUUUCAAUUACGCCUGCUGCUUAACAAUUAUUUGCAAAAUGUACAGCAGGUUCCUGCGGUUAUAUACUCAGAAAAUCAGGUGGUACGCAUGACCUUCAGCUUUGUCCAGCAGUUAGAGCAGCAGGGUUUGCAAAUUGUCAGUCCACUUGAAAAGUUAAUGUAUCUGAUGAUAGCUUUUAUGGGUCCCGAUAGUCAGUUUCUGGAACCAGAGCUGCAUAAGCUACUACACGCGCAAUUGCUGGAUUUCUACACGCAGAAUAAAACACACCAUUUCGACUUUGAUGCUACAUUUGAGGACAAGGCCAAUUUCGAACCACUAUACUAUCUGUUUGUAAACCACUUCGAAGCGGCAAGCUAUGGCGAUGAGCUAUUUAGCUCGUUAGUGCUGCUCCCGCUGGCUCAAAAGUAUGAUAACAAGUGGCGUAGACGCAUCUGGUCCGAGCAUGUGCAGGCAAUGCGCUUUUUAAAUUGUGAUGAGAGUUUGUUGAUCGGCGGACUGGAGGCUUAUCUAGAGCCCAUAGAAGACGAGCCUUCACUUGUAAAACUCUAUGGAGACGCACUGCAACGUCAGCUGGUGCGUCCAGGCAGCAUAGCCCACACAAUUGCCAAGCAUCAUUUCAACAAUUCACAAGCGAUACAGAAAUCCAAGUUAUUUUGAAGAGCAGCAACACAUCGAAUUCUUAUUAAUAUUAGUAAUAACGUAAGAAACGUUUCCUUGGGCUAAGUUAGUUGCCGUGAUAUAGCUUCUAAUUUAUUUAAAUAAUUAUGUAUAUGUAUAAUU